AGACAAUAGUGUCGCGUCGCCCCUUUCCGACUGUGACCCCUUAAGAGCGGAAGUUUACUCAAUUUUCCACUCCCCACCCCUUGCUUAGGGAUCCUCCCUAUCCAGUUAUGGCCAGACACACCUCGCUCGACUCCGAAAGACCAAUCAUGGCUCAAUCUAACCGGACGUCGAAGAGAUUCUCGACUGUGAGCGGGAGCCCCUCAGUUGCGUCAUCGGAGCUCUCGAGUCUGCCCAGUGGGGAUCCCCGACUGGCCGACUUUCACCAUCUGCGGGACGGCUUGGAGCGAUUGGAGAAUAAGCCCCUGCUGAAGCAGCGCUUUGUUCCCACCCCCGAGAAGAGCGACAACCUCAGCAAAUUGGCGCUGGGAGCGAAAGUCGAGCGCGCCCUCGACCGAAGAAUGACAGGCCAGGAUGCCAUCAUGCGCGAGCCCACCUUGAAUGAGAAGGCCGUUGUCGACUCGACUGCGUCCCCUUGAUAUGAAUCUCAGUGCCUUUUUUGAGAUGUCGACUGGUUACCGUGCAUGACUCUUAUGGUUUUUUGUGAUCGGAACCCUCGCACCCUGGGACCCAAAGUCACUUCUUCCCUCCGCCUGUCGGUAUCGGGUGCGACGGAACACUUUCAAACGCGUCUGAUAUUUAUCACUUUCUGGAUGAGAAGCCUGUCUAAUAUCUGUUUUCAUACCCCUGCCUCGA